GUAAAAAUGAAGCCGCGCGUGUUAUUCCAGCUCGUCCGGUGGAGGUCAUUCCGGUCAAAUCAUUCUCCAACGGAAUUCCCAACUGACUGCCCGUGCGGUCCGUUUUCUUCCCGCCAUUAAAUCUCUGUAUUUAAUCCCUUUCCUCGCACAACCAAUCUCCUCGAUCACUCUGCACAUUCAUCAUUCUCUGAUUUCUCUCAAUCAAUCAAGCGAAGCUUCUCUUUCGCUCUCUAGAAGAACCGCCAUGGCCGCCGGUGCUCUGCAACUGCAGAUUCUCCUCGUCUUACUCAUUCUCAUCUCGCUCUUCAUAUCCGGAGCUACGACGGACACCGUUUCCCGUUCAGAUUCAUCGUUAUCUCCGGCGUUCGCACCAUCGCCGGAGCAGUACUCGUACGACGCUCAACUUUAUGCGCCUCCGGUCUUCGCGAACAUUCUGCGUGCUCUAGGUUUCGAGGAGCUGUCCGCUGCCGCCGCCAGCGCUAAUCUCUCAACCGGCGCUCCGAUCACCAUCUUCGCCCCUGCUGAUUCAUCGAUUCUCACAUGCCGCUCGUGCGUUCUGCGGCUGCUUCUACACGAGCACUCUGUUCCUGGACUCUAUCCGCUCGAAUUCCUUCGGAGGUUGGCGUCUGGUACUAAGAUCCAGACUCUCGCCGACAACCGAUGCCUUACCAUCACCACUUCCGCCUCCGUGAUUCGGGAUCAAGCGACGGUUUUCAUCAAUGGCGCGAUGAUCACUCAGCCAGAUCUGUUCUACAAUGGCGUCAUCGUGAUUCACGGCAUUCAAGGCUUCGUGACUCAUCUAUCGCCGAUGUCGUGCAGUAUGGAGCACACCAAUUCUCUCUCGUUUCCUCCACAGCCGUCAUCGGUCUCUUCAUCGGAAACGAAGAAAUCUAUCAUGCCUCUUGUUAGACAAUAAUAAUAGUAUUACUUGUGGUAGUAUUGGUUGUGGUAGUGUUUCAUUAUUAGUCAGCUUCCUAAUCCUAUUUGUGGUAGAUGUUGUAUGUUAGUUAGUUUCUAUUCUAUAUUCCUAGUUGUGUUAGGAGUCUCUCCUAUAUAUACUCUAUCAUGUACUUCAUAAUUCAAGGGAGCAAUAUUAUUAUUCUAAUAUUUCAACAUGGUAUCAGAGCCAUCGCUCUUGGUAACCU